AUGUGGUGGAUAACCUGGUGGAUAACUUGGUGGAUAACCUGGUGGAUAAUAAGUGGUGGAUAUAACCUGGUGGAUAACCUGGUGGAUAAUAACCUGGUGGAUAACCUGGUGGAUAACUUGGUGGAUAACCUGGUGGAUAAUAACCUGGUGCAUAACCUGGUGGAUAACGUGGUGGAUAACGUACGUGGUGGGUAACGUGUGGUGAAGACUAGCUGGGCAACUCAAUCAGUAAAUAACACACACCUUGUGAAGCAGAUGAGGUGAAUGUAUAAUUAGCCUACAACUGGUUGUUAUUUCUUUGCCCACAGGUCUCAAACCAUUCACAGUUCAACUUCUCUCAUAGCAUUCUACAGUUGACAAGGAGCUCUUCAUUGCUCCUCAAACUUGACAAAUUUGUACAUCUAACACAGAAAGUUUGUAAAACUAAACCACAAACAUCUGGCAGUCGCUAAAGGCUUUAUGUAUCCAAAGCAAGACAAGACAUUUCUCUGGCUGCUGUGACAACAGAGCUUCAGUAGGGAAGGGAAACGUGACUACAGAGAGGUUUUAGAUAUAGAGUUAUUGCAAUAGGUACAUGUUACCUGCUCAGUCAUCAAUCUUGUUUGAAGUAAUGGAUCCUGAAGAGCCGGUGUGAAGUUAAAAAAAAACAGCCACAUACAGGCUUUCUCUCUCUUCUAAACUGUGUCCUCCUUGUAGAUUUUCUGUCUGUCUUUCUCAAGUCGCUCUUUCUGUCUUGCAUGUUUUUUUUCAGGAAGUGGAGGGGAUGGGGAACCACACCAGUCAUAUGUGUUCCUCUAUCUCACCAACCAGCUGUACAACUGAUGUCACACACUGGUGCGACCCAUUGAUUAGAGACUGCCUGGCCCAGUUGACACUCUAGUUGGGUGUAGAAUGUGGCUAUUUGGUAGAGUUUUCUCACUCUCCCUCUCAGCGAGACUGGUCAGCUGUUCACAGUGCUAUGUACUAGCUAUGUACUUCUGUACAUACUGUAAGUUCGUAUAAUAUGUAACUACUGGACAUGAUGCAUAUAAUGUAAAACUCCUAUCAAUGUAUUAUUUUGUGUAUGUGUGUUUACUAAAUAUCCCUUUACUAAACAUCCCGUGCAGCAAAGGUCAAAUAUAUAUUACUUGUGUGCCGCCUAGUGGUGGGAUUAAACGUUGAACAACAGGACAAUUUGUAUGACAUGGGACAUACAAAUCCCGUUUAUAAUCUCGCGAUGUUUGACAAGAACGUCCCAGUUCUCCGCCAUCCUUGUGAGGCGCUUUGCAGUAGAAGGGCACGAAGAGAAGGUGGCCAGUAAACCAAAGACUUGGCACUUCUUCGUUCAACCAUGCUGUCUAGAAUCGUUUUCGUUUCAGGUAUGCAUUAUCAGCGUUUCGUACGUAAUAUUGAGUUGAAAUAGCAGUAGUAAUGCCACGAAGUGUGGCUGACUUGAAUGUGAAGCUGAAGGGUAAAGUCAGGAGGAGAAGGCCGCAAUCACAAUUGAAUGAGCAACAUGCUAACCAAGCAAGAACAGGCUAAAUAUAGCUAGCUAGCUAGCUAGUAAACGUUAAAUGUUACGUGCAAAAUUAGUCAUUGUCCAAUCUGGGUAGUUAUUGCACUCAGGAUUUUGAAUAACUAGCUAGUUACUGUAAAUGUCAAGGUAGCAGUCAUUGUUUUUACGUUAGCCGGACUAGCCUCUGAUCUCUGCCCUUGCUUGUUUGGAAAGGUGGCAAGCCUUCCACAGUUAACUCUGUUUGCAUAGCUACUGACAGCUGGCAACUCCUCAUCGUGCAAGUUCAUCAUGCAUGAUAUUGGUGUCUUGAAGUAGGUAUUUGUUUGUUAACCAACUAGUUAGCUAAAUAUUUAGCUAUGUAGUUAGCUAGGGACAAUGUCGAAUCCUGGACGCUAGCUAGUUUGCUAACUGUCAUGGCUAUUGCACUUGACAGCUGACUAACGUUGGCUAGCGAAAGCUUGUAAGUGGGCGCAGUUCGCUAGCACAGACUCUGUUUGUCCAUAUUAUUCCCAGCCCAUUAUGUGCUAAAUUGAGCAGCAGAGCAGACUCUUUCAAACAGCCACAUGUUUCGUUGACACUUUCAUUCAUGACAUUGAAAACAUUUGUACUUGUCUUUUUUAAUUUUUUAUUCUAUUGACUGUUCUUUCCUUCUCCAGCUAAUGCUGUGAAGAGCUGUGGUCCCCUCGGCGCUGGGUAUGCACCUGUUCAUAUGACUUUUAACUGGAGCUAGAUUGUUUUCUCCAAAUAAGCCUUGUUGCAAGACUUUUAAAUGUCAGUACGCUGCGUUUCAAAUAGUCAAGCAACAAUCUAAUUAAUUCAGGAUUUGUACAAUUUAUACCUAGACUAAAUAUAAGCCUUCCACAAACAUAAAACCCACUCAUAUUGUAAUUAUUUUAUCAAAAUAGCUUAACCUGCUUUUUUUUUUUUCAUUAAUCACUGAUCUGGUUUUCAAGUCUGUCUAUGAAAAUACCAUUUUUUGUAAAAAAAUCACAAAAAAAUCACACAAAAAACAGAAUGAUGCACAAUGUACAUCCACUAAUAAUGACCAACUUCUGGUAGCAGGCAUUAUAAUUAACACAGGUCUCAAGCACAAGCCCACAUGCUAGUGAGUAGCCAGCUAAUCUUUAUAUUUAAAGUCUAGCCAACUUGGAUCUAUUUGCUUGCAAACAAGGUAGAACAGUUAAACUGUAAUGAAUACACCCUCCUGUCUGUCUCCAACUGUUUAAACAACAUAGCCUGUUCACGUUGUUCAGAUGAAAUGAAGUGGCCUACCUGGAUAAGAAUAUACUUAUUUCUCAGAAUGUGAACCAGUUGCCAGUUCCUUAUAUAAAUGUAUAUUUUUAUGCUCAUUGCACAUUUAUAAAACACAGACUAGACAGCAGGCACAUAACAGUAUGUGGCUAAAGGGAUGCUAGUGCCACGGCAAUGGUACACGUGACAGAAACUGAGCGUUCAUUUCCCACAAUCAUGUUCAAUUAUACUCCCGUUUUUUAAUAGGGCUGCUUCAUUCCAUGUUUUGGGAGUUGAGACGUAAAAAGGUAUAUUUUUAAAAAGGUUAAGUUCAAACAAAUGUGCUCCUAAGAAUCUUGAUACAGGCAUUUGGAACAUCGCGCUAUCCAGCCUAAGCUAGAUACAUCUGCUUGUUUUACAUGCGUAAAAUCAUGGGGCGGCAGGUAGCCUAGCGGUUAAGAGCGUUGGGCCAGUAACCGAAAGGUCGCUGGUUCGAAUCCCUGAGCUGGCAAGGCAGUUAACCCGGAAUAACAACUGCUCCCUGGGCCACAAUGACGUGGACGUCGAUUUAAGACAGCCCCCCGCACCUCUCUGAUUCAGAGGGGUUGGGUUAAAUGCAGAACACUCAUUUCAGUUGAAUGCAUUCAGUUGUGCAACUGACUAGGUAUCCCCUUUCCCUAAAUGCCAAUUCACACUAGAUAUGUCAUUUUAAUGGUCCAGUAGUUUGAUAGGAUUUGGCAAACUAGAUAUUUGUUAAAUAUAAAUAACUGAAAUAAGGGUGACCAAAAUUGUAAUGGUGACCUUGAACUCUACAUUAAAGAUCUGCAUGCCCAUCUUCUCCAUAGUUCCCAAAAUAAAGUCUGCCUGUCCCCUGUCCCCUGUCCCCUGUCUUCCCAGGCUGGCCCAGCUGUCCCACCUCCACACGUCCCCCAGCAGCCAGGCCCCAGUCCCCGCUCUGCCAGAGAAAGGAGGCAAGACACGGCAUGGCAUCAUCCCAGAGGAACUCUUCCAGCUCCUGUACCCCAAGACUGGAGUCACAGGUCAGUAGAACUUCCCCCAAACCUGGAGCAAUGUUCAGAUAGAAAUAUGAUAUGUAGAACAAUAAAAUAAAUGUAGAAUAAACUAAUAAUUUAAUCUGUAUUCAUUACAUUUCUAUCUGCAUAAUCAACAACGUUUGCCUAUUGAAUGUGGCCAUGAACUUUCACCCCCCCUUCCUUGUCUGUUAUCACCCCCAGGUCCCUACAUCCUGUUAUGUUAUCACCCCCGGUCCCUACAUCCUGUUCUGUUAUCACCCCCCGGUCCCUACAUCCUGUUCUGUUAUCACCCCCAGGUCCCUACAUCCUGUUCGUUUAUCACCCCCAGGUCCUACAUCCUGUUCUGUUAUCACGCCCCAGGUCCCUACAUCCUGUUCUUGUUUAUCACCCCCCAGGUCCCUACAUCCUGUUCUGUAUCACACCCAGGGUCCCCUACAUCCUGUUUCUGUGAACACCCCCAGGUCCCCUACAUCCUGUUCUGUUAUCACCCCCGGUCCCUGUUACAUAUCCUGUUCUGUUAUUCACCCGGUCCCUAUAUCAUGUUAUGUUAUAACCCCCAGGAGUCCUACAUCCUGUUCUGUUAUCACCCCCCGGUCCCUAAAUCCUGUUCUGUUAUCACCCCCAGGUUCCCUACAUCCUGUUCUGUUAUCACCCCCAGGUCCCCUAAAUCCUGUUCUGUUAUCACCCCCAUGUCCCUACAUCCUGUUCUGGUUAUCACCCCCAGGUCCCUACAUCCUGUUCUGUUUAAUCACCCCCGUCCCUAAUCCAUGUUCUGUUAUCACCCCCGGUCCCUAUAUCCUGUUUGUGUUUCACCCCCGGUCCCUAUAUCCUGUUCUGUUAUCACCCACCCCGGUCCCUAUAUCCUGUUCUGUUAUCACCCCCGGUCCCUACAUCCUGUUCUGUUAUCACCCCCGGUCCCUACAUCCUGUUCUGUUAUCACCCCCCGGUCCCUACAUCCUGUUUCUGUUAUCACCCCCCGGUCCCUACAUCUGUUCUGUUAUCCACCCCCCGGUCCCUACAUCCUGUUCUGUUAUCACCCCCCGGUCCCUACAUCCUGUUCUGUUAUCACCCCCCGGUCCCUACAUCCUGUUCUGUUAUCACCCCCGGGUCCCUACAUCCUGUUCUGUUAUCACCCCCGGGUCCCUACAUCCUGUCUGUUAUCACCCCCGGGUCCCUACAUCCUGUUCUGUUAUCACCCCCGGGUCCCUACAUCCUGUUCUGUUAUCACCCCCGGGUCCCUACAUCCUGUUCUGUUAUCACCCCCGGGUCCCUACAUCCUGUUCUGUUAUCACCCCCGGGUCCCUACAUCCUGUUCUGUUAUCACCCCCGGGUCCCUACAUCCUGUUCUGUUAUCACCCCCAGGUCCCUACAUCCUGUUCUGUUAUCUCCCCCAGGUCCCUACAUCCUGUUCUGUUAUCACCCCCCGGUCCCUACAUCCUGUUCUGCUUCACGCUCUCUCCCCACUCACUCUCCUCUCUCUCUCCCUCUCUUUCUACCCACCCUCCUCUCUCCCCACUCACUCUCCUCUCUCUCUCCCUCUCUUUCUACCCACCCUCCUCUCUCCCCACUCUCCUCGCUCUCCUCUGUCUCUCUCCCCCGCUCUUCUCUCUCUCCUCUCCUCUAUAAAUGAUAGUAAAUAAACGUGGGCUUCUCCACUCCUGUUGUCUCCAGGCCCCUACAUGCUGGGUGCUGGGCUACUCACAUACAUCCUCUCCAAGGAGAUCUACAUCAUCAACCACGAGACCUUCGCUGCCGCCUGCAUGGGUACCGUCAUCAUCUAUGGUGUCAAGAAGUUUGGCCCCGACGUUGCUGCUUUCGCUGACAAACUGAACGAGGUGCGGAACUUGUUGUCCUUCUGAGUUUGUUUGGCCUAUUUGAUAAUUCAUUGCAGGUGUUCUUGUCAUAAAUCUUUGGUCAUUUGUAGUAGUUCUGGAGCGGUAUUUCCCAACUCCAGUACCCCCCAGCAGCCCAACUCCAGUACCCCCAGCAGUCCAACUCCAGUCCUCCAGUACCCCCCAGCAGCCCAACUCCAGUACCCCCAACAGCCCAACUCCAGUACCCCCAGCAGUCCAACUCUGGUCCUCCAGUACCCCCAGCAGCCUAACUCCAGUACCCCCCAGCAGCCCAACUCCAGUACCCCCCAGCAGCCCAACUCCAGUACCCCCAGCAGCCCAACUCCAGUACCCCCAGCAGUCCAACUCCAGUACCCCAACAGUCCAACUCCAGUACCCCCCAGCAGCCCAACUCCAGUACCCCCAGCAGUCCAACUCCAGUACCCCCAGCAGCCCAACUCCAGUACCCCCAACAGCCCAACUCCAGUACCCCCAGCAGUCCAACUCCAGUACCCCCAACAGCCCAACUCCAGUACCCCCAACAGCCCAACUCCAGUACCCCCAACAGCCCAACUCCAGUACCCCCAGCAGCCCAACUCCAGUACCCCCAGCAGCCUAACUCCAGUACCCCCCAGCAGCCCAACUCCAGUACCCCCCAGCAGCCCAACUCCAGUACCCCCAACAGCCCAACUCCAGUACUCCCAACAGCCCAACUCCAGUACCCCCAGCAGUCCAACUCUGGUCCUCCAGUACCCCCCAGCAGCCCAACUCCAGUACCCCAAGCAGUCCAACUCCAGUACCCCAAGCAGUCCAACUCCAGUACCCCCAGCAGUCCAACUCCAGUACCCCCAACAGCCCAACUCCAGUACCCCCAACAGCCCAACUCCAGUACCCCCAACAGCCCAACUCCAGUACCCCCAACAGCCCAACUCCAGUACCCCCAACAGCCCAACUCCAGUACCCCCAACAGCCCAACUCCAGUACCCCAGCAGUCCAACUCCAGUACCCCCAGCAGCCCAACUCCAGUACCCCCAGCAGCCCAACUCCAGUACCCCCAACAGCCCAACUCCAGUACCCCCAACAGCCCAACUCCAGUACCCCCAACAGCCCAACUCCAGUACCCCCAACAGCCCAAACUCCAGUACCCCCAACAGCCCAACUCCAGUACCCCCAGCAGCCCAACUCCAGUACCCCCCAACAGCCCAACUCCCAGUACCCCCAACAGCCCAACUCCAGUACCCCCAACAGCCCAACUCCAGUACCCCCAACAGCCCAACUCCAGUACCCCCAACAGCCCAACUCUGGUCCUCCAGUGUUUCUGGUCCUCCAGUGUUUCUGCUCUGGUGUACUGUAAAGAUGCACCAUGUUAACGCACGUUUCUACUUAAUUUUCUAUUGAGGCAUUUAGCUCCCCCUCCCCCCUUAUUUAAUGUCACCAGUCCUGAGACAUUGAAUAUGUUAUGCAAACUGUCCACCAUAUGCUGUCCCUCUGAGGCUCGUAGUCUCAUAGCUGACCUAUGACCCUGACCCUCUGACGGUAGCUGUGUUGGUUCUGACCCUCUGACGUUAGCUGUGUGGUUCUGACCCUCUGACGUUGGCUGUGUGGUUCUGACCCUCUGACGUUGGCUGUGUGGUUCUGACCCUCUGACGUUGGCUGUGUGGUUCUGAUGUUGGCUGUGUGGUUCUGACCCUCUGACGUUGGCCGUGUGGUUCUGACCCUCUGACGUUGGCUGUGUGGUUCUGACCCUCUGACGUUGGCCGUGUGGUUCUGACCCUCUGACGUUGGCCGUGUGGUUCUGUGUGGUUUUGCAGGAGAAAGUUCAGAAGGCUCAGGAAGUGAAGGACCUGGCCAUGAGCAGCUUGGCUCAGGCCAUCCAGGAUGAGAAGAAGGAACAGUGGAGGGCGGAGGGAAGACAGAUGCUCUUCGACGCUAAGAGGGUGAGUUACUGACUGAGGUCCCCUGUAUGUUAAAGCUGAGCUAAAGCCUAGGCUCAACCAUACACACUCAAAUUAGGUCAAAUCAAUCCAAUUAAAAAGUAUUUGAUAGGCCUACUUAACAUGGUCUUAAGUCCAGGAGUAAGCUUUUUAUCUAGGUCUGUUUAACCACUCCUAGGACUGGUUUUCCGGACGCAGACUUAACUAAGCAUAGACUUGGAUUAAAAAGCAUUGUCAAUGGAGAAUAUCUGUUUGAAAGAGAGUUUUAAUCCGGGACUAAACUUUCUCUGGGUCUGGGGAAACCAGACCAUAAUGUCUUGGUUUGAUUUUUUAGCAUGAGAUGGUGUACUAAUGUCUUCUCCUGUCCUCCUCUUCUCCGUUCUUCUUCCUCCUCUUCCUCCCCCACCCCCCCACCUCAGAACAACGUGGCCAUGCUGCUGGAGACCAACCGCAGGGAGAGGGUCCACAUGGUGACCAACGAGGUGAAGAAGAGGCUGGACUACCAGAUCGCCUUGCAGACCCUCCACCGCCGCAUGGAGCAGGAACACAUGGUUAACUGGGUGGAGAAGAACGUUGUCACCAGCAUCACCCCCCAGCAGGUGGGUUAGGGAUGGGAGACCGAUGGGGAACAUUAGGUAUUUGACUGGAGUGUAUAUAGUCAGGAAGGAGACGGGAGAUGGAAGGUCUAUAUACAAUAGUGUAUAUAGUCAGGAUAGAAGGGUAGGUCUAUAUACAGCUCUGGAAAAAAUUAAGAGACCACUGCAAAAAUAUACGUUUCUCUGGUUUUACUAUUUAUAGGUAUGUGUUUGGGUGAAAUUAACAUUUUUGUUUUAUUCUAUAAACUACUGACAACAUUUCUCCCAAAUUCCAAAUAAAAAUAUUGUCAUUUAGAGCAUUUAUUUGCAGAAAAUAACAACUGGUCAAAAUAACAAAAAAGAUGCAGUGUUGUCAGACCUCGAAUAAUGCAAAGAAAAUAAGUUAAUGUUCAUUUUUUAAAAACACAAUACUAAUGUUUUAACUUAGGAAGAGUUCAGAAAUCAAUAUUUGGUGGAAUAACCCUGAUUUUCAAUCAUAGCUUUCAUGCAUCUUGGCAUGCUCUCUACCAGUCUUUCACAUUGAUGUUGGGUGACUUUAUGCCACUCCUGGGGCAAAAAUUCAAGCAGCUCGGCUUUGUUUGAUGGCUUGUGACCAUCCAUCUUCCUCUUGAUCACAUUCCAGAAGUUUUCAAUGGGGUUCUGGUCUGGAGAUUGGGCUGGCCAUGACAGGGUCUUGAUCUGGUGGUCCUCCAUCCACACCUUGAUUGACCUGGCUGUGUGGCAUGGUGCAUUGUCCUGCUGGAAAAACCAAUCCUCAGAGUUGGGGAACAAUGUCAGAGCAAAAGGAAGCAAGUUUUCUUCCAGGACAACCUUGUACGUGGCUUGAUUCAUGCGUCCUUCACAAAGACAAAUCUGCCCGAUUCCACCCUUGCUGAAGCACCCCCAGAUCAUCACCGGUCCUCCACCAAAUUUCACAGUGGGUGCGAGACACUGUGGCUUGUAGGCCUCUCCAGGUCUCCGUCUAACCAUUAGACGACCAGGUGUUGGGCAAAGCUGAAAAUUGGACUCAUCAGAGAAGAUUACCUUACUCCAGUCCUCUACGGUCCAUCCUUAUGGUCUUUUGCAAACCUCAGCCUGGCUCUUCUUUGCUUCUCAUUGAUGAAGGUCUUUUUUCUAGCUUUGCACGACUUCAGCCCUGCCCCUAGGAGCCUGUUUCGAACCGUCCUCGCCGUGCACUUCACCCCAGCUGCCGUUUGCCAUUAUUUUUGUAGGUCACUUGAUGUCAUCCUACGGUUGUUGAGUGACAUUCGAAUUAGUUGGCGGUCAUACUGGUCAGUAGAGUUGUUUUCGCCCUCUGCCGGUCUGUAGCUUUGUUGUCCCCAAUGUCUGCUGCUUGACCUUGUUCUUAUGAACCGCCAUCUUAGACAUUUUAAGGAUGGAAGCAACCUGACGCUCACUGUAUCCCUCUGACAGUAAAGCCAGAAUUGAACCCUUCUUUUCCUCACUCAAAACUAUCCUUUUCAAAUCUUUUGGCAUGGUCAAUAGUUAAUUUCUGAUUAAUAUUACUUUUGAGGUACUAUUAGCACUGUUUUUGCCAUCCAGCUGGUCCUAUUGCAAGAGGAUAGUGAUGACCACAGCAGUGGUUUUUAUACUUUUCCUCGUUAAAUAAGAUUUGGUUCAUGUGAUCACCUAAUCAGUACCUAAUUCAGUAGAAUGAGGUGUGCCUGUGUUGGAAUUCAACAGACACUGGAAUGGAAUGGCUGUCAUACAUGUAGAGAUGCUGAUUUUAAGAAACAUUUGCAGUGGUCUCUUAAUUUUUUCCAGAGCUGUAUAUAGUCAGGAUAGAAGGGUAGGUCUAUAUAUAGUCAGGUUAGAAGGGUAGGUAUAUACACUGCUCAAAAAAAUAAAGGGAACACUUAAACUAAUCUCCCGAGUGGCGCAGUGGUCUAAGGCACUGCAUCGCAGUGCUAGCUGUGCCACUAGAGAUCCUGGUUCGAAUCCAGGCUCUGUCGUAGCUGGCCGUGACCGGGAGAACCAUGGGGCGGCGCAUAAUUGGCCAAGCGUCGUCCAGGGUAGGGGAGGCAAUGGCCGGCAGGGAUGUAGCUCAGUUGGUAGGUCAUGGCGUUUGCAACGCCAGGGUUGUGGGUUCGAUUCCCACGGGGGGCCAGUAUGAAAAAAAUAAAAAAUAAAAUACAAACAAAAAAAUAAAAAUAAUAUAUGCACUCACUAACUGUAAGUCGCUCUGGAUAAGAGCGUCUGCUAAAUGUUAAAUGUUAAAAUGUUAAACAACACAAUGUAACUCCAAGUCAAUCACACUUCUGUGAAAUCAAACUGUCCACUUAGGAAGCAACACUGAUUGACAAUACAUUUCACAUGCUGUUGUGCAAAUGGAAUAGACAACAGGUGGAAAUUAUAGGCAAUUAGCAAGACACCCCCAAUAAAGGACUGGUUUUGCAGGUGGUGACCACAGACCACUUCUCAGUUCCUAUGCUUCCUGGCUGAUGUUUUGGUCACUUUUGAAUGCUGGCGGUGCUUUCACUCUAGUGGUAGCAUGAGACGGAGUCUACAACCCACACAAGUGGCUCAGGUAGUGCAGCUCAUCCAGGAUGGCACAUCAAUGCGAGCUGUGGCAAGAAGGUUUGCUAUGUCUGUCAGCGUAGUGUCCAGAGCAUGGAGGCGCUACCAGGAGACAGGCCAGUACAUCAGGAGACGUGGAGGAGGCCGUAGGAGGGCAACAACUCAGCAGCAGGACUGCUACCUCCGCCUUUGUGCAAGGAGGAGCAGGAGGAGCCCUGCAAAAUGACCUCCAGCAGGCCACAAAUGUGCAUGUGUCUGCUCAAACGGUCAGAAACAGACUCCAUUAGGGUGGUAUGAGGGCCCGACGUCCACAGGUGGGGGAUGUGCUUACAGCCCAACACCGUGCAGGACGUUUGGCAUUUGCCAGAGAACACCAAGAUUGGCAAAUUCGCCACUGGCGCCCUGUGCUCUUCACAGAUGAAAGCAGGUUCACACUGAGCACAUGUGACAGACGUGACAGAGUCUGGAGACGCCGUGGAGAACGUUCUGCUGCCUGCAACAUCCUCCAGCAUGACCGGUUUGGCGGUGGGUCAGUCAUGGUGUGGGGUGGCAUUUCUUUGGGGGGCCGCACAGCCCUCCAUGUGCUCGCCAGAGGUAGCCUGACUGCCAUUAGGUACCGAGAUGAGAUCCUCAGACCCCUUGUGAGACCAUAUGCUGGUGCGGUUGGCCCUGGGUUCCUCCUAAUGCAAGACAAUGCUAGACCUCAUGUGGAUGGAGUGUGUCAGCAGUUCCUGCAAGAGGAAGGCAUUGAUGCUAUGGACUGGCCCGCCCGUUCCCCAGACCUGAAUCCAAUUGAGCACAUCUGGGACAUCAUGUCUCGCUCCAUCCACCAACGCCACGUUGCACCACAGACUGUCCAGGAGUUGGCGGAUGCUUUAGUCCAGGUCUGGGAGGAGAUCCCUCAGGAGACCAUCCGCCACCUCAUCAGGAGCAUGCCCAGGCGUUGUAGGGAGGUCAUACAGGCACGUGGAGGCCACACACACUACUGAGCCUAAUUUUGACUUGUUUUAAGGACAUUACAUCAAAGUUGGAUCAGCCUGUAAUGUGGUUUUCCACUUUAAUUUUGAGGGUGACUCCAAAUCCAGACCUCCAUGGGUUGAUACAUUUGAUUUCCAUUGAUAAUUUUUGUGUGAUUUUGUUGUCAGCACAUUCAACUAUGUAAAGAAAAACGUAUUUAAUAAGAUUAUUUCAUUCAUUCAGAUCUAGGAUGUGUUAUUUUAGUGUUCCCUUUAUUUUUUUGAGCAGUGUAUAUAAUAGUGUAUAUAGUCAGUAUAGAAGGAUGUGUAAUGAUAUAUACACGUGUGUAUAGAAGGGUAGGUACAGUGCCUUCGGAAAGUAUUCAGUCCCCUUGACUUUUUCCACAUUUUGUUACGUUACAGCCUUAUUCUAAAAUUGAUUAUUCUUUUUUCCCUCAACAACCUACACACAAUACCCCAUAAUGACAAAGCAAAAACAGGUUUUUAUAAAUUUUUGCUAAUUUAUUACAAAUAAAAAAACUGAAAUUACAUUUACAUAAGUAUUCAGACCGUUUACUCAGUACUUUGUUGAAGCACCUUUGGCAGUGAUUACAGCCUCGAGUCUUCUUGGGUAUGACGUUUCAAGCUUGGCACACCUGUAUUUGGGGAGUUUCUCCCAUUCUUCUCUGCAGAUCCUCUCAAGCUCUGUCAGGUUGGAUGGGGAGCGUCGCAGCACAGCUAUUUUCAGGUCUCCAGAGAUGUUCGAUCGGGUUCAAGUCCGGGCUCUGGCUGGGCCACUCAAGGACAUUCAGAGACUUGUCCCGAAGCCACUCCUGCAUUGUCUUGGCUGUGUGCUUAGGGUUGUUGUCCUGUUGGAAGGUGAACCUUCGCCCCAGUCUGAGGUCCUGAGCACUCUGGAGCAGGUUUUCAUCAUGGAUCUCUCUGUACUUUGCUCCGUUUAUCUUUCCCUUGAUCGUGACUAGUCUCCCAGUCCCUGCUGCUGAAAAACAUCCCCACAGUAGGGAUGGUGCCAGGUUUCCUCCAGAAGUGACGCUUGGCAUUCAGCCCAAAGAGUUCAAUGUUGGUUUCAUCUGACCAGAAAAUCUUGUUUCUCAUGGUAACACACACACACACACACACACACAGUUGAAGUUGGAAGUUUAAAUACACUUAGGUUGGAGUCAUUAAAACUCGUUUUUCAACCACUCCACUAAUUUCUUGUUAACCAACUAUAGUUUUGGCAAGUCGGUUAGGACAUCUACUUUGUGCAUGACACAAGUCAUUUUUUCAACAAUUGUUUACAGACAGAUUAUUUCACUUAUAAUUCACUGUAUCACAAUUCCACUGGGUCAGAGGUUUACAUACACUAAGUUGACCGUGCCUUUUAACAGCUUGGAAAAUUCCAGAAAAUGAUGUCAUGGCUUUAGAAGCUUCUGAUAGUCUAAUUGACAUCAUUUGAGUCAAUUGGAGGUGUACCUGUGGAUGUAUUUCAAGGCCUACCUUCAAACUCAGUACCUCUUUGCUUGACAUCAUGGGAAAAUCAAAAUGAAUCAGCCAAGACCUCAGAAAAAAAAAUUGUAGACCUCCACUAGUCUGGUUCAUCCUUGGGAGCAAUUUCCAAACGCCUGAAGGUACCAUGUUCAUCUGUACAAACAAUAGUACGCAAUAGUAAUCAUUUUACAUUUACAUUUACAUUUUAGUCAUUUAGCAGACGCUCUUAACCAGAGCGACUUACAGGAGCAAUUAGGGUUAAGUGCCUUGCUCAAGGGCACAUUAACGUCAUUUAGCAGACGCUCUUAGCCAGAGCGACUCACAAAUUGGUGCGUUCACCCUAUAGCCAGUGGGAUAACCACUUUACAAUUUGGGGGGGGGGUUAGAAGGAAUACUUUAUCCUAUCCCAGGUAUUCCUUAAAGAGGUGGGGUUUCAAAUGUCUCCGGAAGGUGGUGAGUGACUCCGCUGUCCUGGCGUCGUGAGGGAGCUUGUUCCACCAUUGGGGUGCCAGAGCAGCGAACAGUUUUGACUGGGCUGAGCGGGAGCUGUGCUUCCGCAGAGGAAGGGGAGCCAGCAGGCCAGAGGUGGAUGAACGCAAUGUCCUCGUUUGGGUGUAGGGACUGAUCAGAGCCUGAAGGUACAGAGGUGCCGUUCCCCUCACUGCUCCAUAGGCAAGCACCAUGGUCUUGUAGCGGAUGCGAGCUUCAACUGGAAGCCAGUGGAGUGUGCGGAGGAGGGGGGGUGACGUGAGAGAACUUGGGAAGGUUGAACACCAGACGGGCUGCGGCAUUCUGGAUGAGUUGUAGGGGUUUAAUGGCACAGGCAGGGAGCCCAGCCAACAGCGAGUUGCAGUAGUCCAGACGGGAGAUGACAAGUGCCUGGACCAGGACCUGCGCCGCUUCCUGUGUAAGGCAGGGUCGCACUCUCCGAAUGUUGUAGAGCAUGAACCUGCAGGAGCGGGUCACCGCCUUGAUGUUGGCGGAGAACGACAGGGUGUUGUCCAGGGUCACGCCUAGGCGUUGGGUUUUUAAUGACUGCUACCCUGGGUUCUCUUCAAAUGCUUGAGCAAUACCAACAAUGGAAUAAUCACACACAUAUUUGACACGACACCCCAGUCAGGGUCGAACAAACAAGUAUUCUGAAGAAGCUAUGCUCUUUGAACCUAGGUCUGGCUACCACGUGGCAGCUCUACCAGCUGUUGUGUACACAAACACAACUGGAGACUGUAAGUCUCUCUGGAUAAGAGCGGCUGCUAAAUGACUAAAAUGAGACAAAUGCCACAAAUCCAAAACUUUCCUGCACGUGGUAUUGAAAUACUGCUCUUCAGAAUACUGCGGUGUGACUUAAUGAUUUCCCAGGGGUGGUGGGUCAGAGUCAUGCUGUGUAUAAACUCUCCACUAGAGGUCCUGCCAUGUUUUCUGUACGUAGCUUGUGAACUCCAGUAUUGAUGGCCAAUAGAAUUUACAGCUCAACUUUCUGCAAUAGGCUUUGAUUUUUUUCUUGAUUUCUUUGACCCUUGACCUUUUGUCAUGCCUUGCUGUCUGACUAACCCUGUUGGUUCGUUUUUGUGUUUCAGGAGAUGGCGAGUAUUGCUAAGUGCAUCACAGACCUGAAGGUGUUGGCUAAAGUCCAGCAGGCAAAGGCUACUGCGUAACUCACUACAUGUACUGUCUAGACACACUCUCCUGAACCCCAACUCAUUGAUGCCCACUUUUCAUUACAAAUAAACUAUUUCCUCUUUUAACGAUAUGGUCUGUCCAUAUGUGUGUGUGUGUAUAUACACGUCAACUGAUCAUAAAAUAAAAGGUUCAUUUUGUUCACUAA